UAAAUUCGAGCAGUACCACGGAAACGCAAUAGAGACGCCGAGUGCAGGUUUCAACGGCAGAUUUCGAUCCGGUCGGCACAAUACCUGGCUCUUGUUUCUCCACGAAAGGAAAUUCCAAGGUCUAUUCGGUGUAAAACGGAAAUCCCAUCGGGCUUUGUCACUCGUGGAUUUAAGUGAUAAUUCGAGUAACGACGGUUACACGGACGAGCACUGUCAAACGUCAACGAUCAGCUGCAUCCCGCGAUCAGCUGACCGGCUCCUCCCCUCCCCAUACCGCAGGCUUCAGGUUAGGUUGCACCAUUUUGCACCGGACAGGACUGAGCGCGGGUCGGCACCGAGUGCACCGCUGGUGCGAGCCUCCUGUACGCCCGCUGAAACACUCGCGGCACCUGAAAUCAUUCUGCUGAAUGGUUAUCGGAUAAGCAAUAAACACGUGAGGAUUAUGGAGGUUAUCGAAUUGGUGUCCGAUGAUGACCAAUCGGACGAAGCUGCACGUAGAAGCAAAUCCAAAGCGGGCAACAGUAACUGCAUUAAUUUCAAAUGUCAGUCCGGAGUAGAUAUGAAACCGGCGCCUUCCUUUGCCUGUGCUUAUUAUGGUGUCACCAGUGAGAGGAAGAAACGUGUAAUAUGCAAAGAAUGCUUUAACACUGCUCUGCAGCAUCAACAGCGACUGGUGACAGCCCUUGUGCAAAAUAAACCACUAUUAAGUUGUGACUUUCCAGAUCACACGAUGGAAGUAGAAAUUUCCGACAGCGAUGAGUCUGACAGUGAGGAGAAAAGAGAAGCGGACGUUGAAGAGCAAUAUGUACCUGAAGAUAUAUUCGUGGACAUUAAAGAUAAAUUGGACGAUACAUUAAUGUAUAUCUCUAAAAAGUACAAUAUCAAACAUCAAAUUGAGGUAGCUUGCACAGACCUGAAGAAGAAGUGGAAAACCAUAAGCGCAACGAAUCAUGAUCUUGACAUGGAAAUACGGGGAGUGAUGAAGACCAUGGACAAAUUGCGCAACGAUCUGUACGAUGAGUACAAACCGCAGAUUAAAAUGCUCGAGGAACUUCAGAUAAACGACGGGCCUGUUGCCGAGUCUCUCUGUCCGUUUGUGGCGACGAAGAAGGUUACACAAGUACGCGUUCAAUCUGCCGCACUUUCGCAUGACAACCAAGUGGAGAUUUUACCGAUCGAACGGGACGGCAAGCAGAUGAUGGUCCCCGAUUUACCUCCGACCGGGCCGCUCGUGAAAACUGCCCCGGAAGUGGAUAACUUCGUUUUCGCCAUGAAAACUCCUUCCCAGGCUUGGAUAAAAGGAAAGGUCCAUUACAUGAUCACGCAAAAUCCGUGGUGCGCUCGUGUGAAGCUACUGAAUGUUAAGACUAACAAGGAACGCCCAAACAUGAAGACCGUUUACGGCAAACACGUAGCGAUAGCUCAAAUCUGCAAAGUUAUAAUACCGGUUGGGACGCGAGUUAUCGCCAUAUUCAACGACGCCACUGACAGCGGCUUCUUCAGCGGAAUAAUCGCCGAGACGCCCAAGUCCACGAACAAGUACAGGUACUUGGUGUUCUUCGACGACGGUUACGCGCAGUAUAUCACCCACCAACGUAUCCACGUAGUUUGGGAGAGCUCGCCGCACGUUUGGGAAGACGUGCCGAUCGACUCGCGGGACUUCGUGAAGAAAUACCUGGAGUCGUACCCGGAGAGGCCGAUGGUGAAGCUGCAGGCUGGCCAGAUAGUGAAGACCGAGUGGAACGGCAAGUGGUGGGUCGCGAGAGUGAUACAGGUGGACGCGAGUUUGGUGCAGAUGUACUUCGACGCCGACGGUAGGACCGAGUGGAUUUACCGCGGAUCCGCUAGAUUAGGCCCGCUCUAUUUCGAGCUGAUGAAGGCCUCCGCAAGGCAACAGGGCAACAAGACGCACCACGUGUCGAGCAUCGCCCACAAUCGGCUGCCGCGCAUCGCCGCGGCCUCCAACAAAAGCAAUCUGCCGUAUGUCGAGUACACAUCCAACGUGGAAGCGGACGAGGAAGUAACGCAGAAUGCGCGAGCGGCGAAGGCAACGGUCGUGACGAACGCGAUGCCCGCCGCCGCACCGGCACCCGCUGCACCGGCACCCGCCGCACUGCAACAGUCUCGAGCGGUAGCGAAGAAAAGCACUACCAAGAGACCCAUCAACGUGGACAGCGCGGCGACAACGGCAAUGACACCGUACAAUCCUCCGACGGAAAUGAAGCCGUCUCAUAGUAUCGUUUUUUACCACACCAAGAGGAAAUACGAGCCGAAGAAGUACGUUUUGCACAAGUGCUCGUCAAAGUGCACCAAGGGCAUCAAGGUUUCGCAGGAUGACUUGAAAGGGCUGCCGCCGCUUGCCAUUCCCUUGUUGUGCGGAUGGCACCGGCAGCUCUGUAAAUUCUCCAAGACCAAAAAGGUGAUACUGUAUCAGGCACCGUGCGGCAUCAGGCUACGAAAUAUGGAGGAGCUGCACCGUUAUCUCCGCGCCACCGGCAGCACCUUGUCCGUUGAUCUGUUCGACUUCGACUACUGGGUGCGCGCCUUCGCAGACUUCAUCGUGGAGAAAUGCUUCAUCAACAUCAAAGAUCUCAGUUACGGCGUGGAGAACGUGCCGAUACCGUGCGUGAACGACUUGGACCACACCCAACCGGACACCAUAAGGUACACCACGCGCAGAGAGCCAACGGAAGGUGUCCACUUGAAUCUGGAUCCGGCGUUCUUAUGCAGCUGUGACUGCGAGGACGACUGUCAGGACAAAAGCAAAUGCCAAUGUUGGCAAUUGACAAUACAAGGUGCGACCUUGGGGGGCAAGGUACCGGACACCGCUGUCGGCUACGUCUACAAACGUCUGCCCGAGCCGGUGACCACCGGGAUUUACGAGUGCAACUCGGGAUGCAAGUGUUCGGUGAAGACCUGCCUAAACAGAGUGGUUCAGCAUCCGCUCCGGCUGAAACUGCAGGUGUUCAAAACCGGACCGCGUGGUUGGGGUAUCAGAUGUCUCAACGACAUCCCACAUGGCGCUUUCAUCUGCAUCUACGCAGGCAGACUGCUCACUGAACAGGGCGCCAACGAAGGCGGCAAGAAUUACGGCGACGAGUAUCUGGCCGAGUUGGACUACGUGGAGGUGGUGGAAGGUAUCAAGGAAGGUUACGAGAGCGACGUUCUCGAAGCAGAAGAGCCAGCGUCACCCGCGGACGACAUUGACAAGAAAGACAGCGUAAGCGACGAAGAGGAGGAGGACAAUUCGAAGGACAAUACCUAUGAUUCGGACGAAGAUUUCAUUACGACAUAUUUGAAAAACCAUUCGUUCAAGACGUCGGAAUCUUCGUCUAUCAGGAAGCGCUUAAGGAAACGGAAAAAGAGCGGGAAGAAGGACAACGCGCGAGAUUUGCCAGAAGUUUUGGAAGAGAGCAGCGAGGACGGGAUUACCACGAAAAGCUCGGAGAAGUCAUCCGCGAGUGAGAAUCGUUUGGCGGAUCAGGAUGUGGCUAACGUCAGCGACGACGAUGACAGUAGAAACAAUAUAAGGGAACCGAGCAGAUUCGAGCCGAGCGUAGAGCCAACGCAAAUAGAAAGACCGACGUUCAAAUCUGUGAGAGACUUCUUCGGUGAAGAUGAGGCUGUUUAUAUCAUGGACGCCAAGACGACCGGAAAUAUCGGUCGUUAUUUGAAUCACUCGUGUGAUCCGAACAUCUUCGUGCAAAACGUUUUCGUCGAUACGCACGACGUGCGCUUCCCAUGGGUGGCGUUCUUCGCGUUGCAGUACAUAAAAGCCGGCCAAGAGCUCACGUGGAAUUACAGCUACGACGUAGGCAGCAUACCGGGCAAAGUGAUCAUUUGCAAGUGCGGUGCGGCCAACUGCAGGGGCCGUCUUCUGUGAGCUGUGUGCGCUUUUAUAUGCAGGUUUUUUUUUUCGUUUUUUUUUUUUUAUUGACGAGUUUGUUCUUUAUACAAACAGAAUACGUUUUCACCGGCAAAAACCGCUAAUUGAUAAUACGUGCCACGAGUAUCAUAUCCCUUCGUCAUUAUUUAUUCUUACCGAUAUCUAUACCAUACAAACAUGUGAAAACGAGAAAUGUGCGUAUGUGUGUACAUGUGUUUUUUUUAGAGAUUUCGUUUGUACAAUGACUCGNAUAUAUAUAUAUAUAUAUAUAUAUGACUCCACUUCUGAUAAAUUAUUUACAAAAGAUGUGUUUUGCAGUUUAUACAAGUAUUUCGAACUAUUAAAGAACAGAUACGAUUUUAUAAUAAUAUGCUAAAAGACUGGAUUAUUAACCUAUUUUUAUUUCGUUUAAAAGGUAUUUAUGUAGUGGGUAUACAGGACAUGAGCGCGAAUGUGGCAUAGCGCACUGGUCUACUAUGCUUAGCGGUUCGAUCCCCCUCCCGGUAGAAGACAAAAAUAUUUACGCUCGUAUAUCUUCUCGGAAGGCAAUGGCAAAUCACCGAGAGAGAGAGAGAGAGAGAGUAUCCUUGCCAUGAGAGAGAACCUCUAUAAAAUAAUGUACCGUUCGGAACUGGCGUUAAACUUUGUAUGUCUUCAUAAUAUAUGCCUGUGUAUAAUCAGCAUGCGCACCACAGGCAACAUAUGAGAAGAAAGGUCAACCACGCCUGGAUACGGGCAACAGGACUCAAAGGAGAUACAGGAUCGUAAGGAACGAGAGAGUGAUAUUCAUAACAAUGAAUGUAUUUGCUUGUUAUUUUUGAUUAUUGUACAUUCUUAGCAUCCAUUAGACACAUUACACGUUGGUAGAGCAUUGCAAAGACACUACUACUUCUUUGAUCGCAAUUUACAUAGAUCUCGUUGGAAAAUUCAACUCAGCACACAGGAGUAGUCUCGAAGGAGUUUUUUUUUUCGGCAUUUUGU